UUCCUCCAAUGGCUUUGGAGGACUCGCAGAGUAGAUGCUGGGACGAUACAGCUUUAUUCCUUUCCCCCAAAUCCCCCGCAAAGUUUUGAUUAAUGAACACGAAAACAUCAUAGGAAGGAGCAACUUUCUCCUCCCAAUUCCCCGCGCAUCUGUUGGACUUCCAACCUCUGUGUAAAUGUUUUGGAGUGAUUAUGCAGCAUAGCGGCAGAUUGGAUUAUUUGUGAAGUUGGACACUUUGAUUCUCGUUUAGUACUGCAGAAUUAAGGGCUAGUAAAAAUGUCAUAUCACAUAUCAAGGUUUUAUUACUGGAUAUUAAUCGGAUAAUUCUUCUCGAUGUUUCUAGAUUGAAAUGUCAAAUCUCGCCGAGUCUCAAAGAAAUGUACAUUGGUCGUCUGCUUCUUUAGUGUACAAUGGCAGGGGCCAUUGAAAUGCAGAAUAGGGAUCAGUACACCCCAUUGGCUGUCUCUGAUAACUCGGCUCUUACCGACAUCGAGUCGCCAGAGGCAUCGCCGACCAACAAAAUGACGUCAUCAACAAGAGUCAGUUCAAACACAGACGAAAUUGACAUUGUGUUCUCGGCAGCGCCAAUAAAUUCAGAAACCGACGCUCGAGAGAUUGGGAAUGGCAGACGGCGAAAGAAAGGAAGUGAAAGAAGUUUGGGGGAAUUCUCGCGCCGGAAGAGCGUGCGGAACUUGGUCCGGCGACGUCUGAGCAGCUUCCAUGAACAGAUUCCCGUCAAAAUACAAAACUUUCUCUUAAAAUAUACACUGUUCAUAUUCAAUUUUAUGUCUUGGUUAGGCGGACUCGGGGCGGUGGCCGUCGGCACGUGGCAACUGACAGACGACGAGAAGGUCAUCACGGACGCCGUGGACUUCGUCCUUGACCCCUUCAUCAUCAUCUGUAUCAUCGGUGCUAUCACAUUCACUAUUGCCUUUCUCGGUUGUGUGGGUGCCGUGAGGGAACAUGUUCUGUUGCUGAAAUCUUUUUAUAUUUGUCUUUCAAUCGUCCUGGUGAUAGAGUUGGUGUGUGGGGGCUUAAUCAUCGUGUGUUACACAGAGCCCGCGGCCAGGGACAUAUUACGCCUCACCCCACAAACACUGUUGGAACGGGCUAUACUGCAGUACAUGGACGACAAAAGUAUAAGGAAACUCAUGGAUACUAUUCAACGGCAGUUUACCUGUUGUGGUAUCAGUGCUACAGACGAGGGCUACAAGGACUGGAGACUGAACAUGUACUACAACUGUACAGAGCAGAACCCGAGCAUCUUCCGGUGUGCUGUGCCUGAAUCCUGCUGUAUCUAUUACCCGGGCGAGAGGAUGAACACGAUGUGUGGCUUCGGAAAAACAAAUAAAGAAUUAGGUGAAGUGCAGGGCUGGAUCUACACUCGAGGCUGUACUAAAGGUUUUGAGGAAUGGCUGUCAAAACACGAGUAUAUGAUCCUAUUCACCAGCUGUGUUGUCAUGUUUAUGCAAUUUCUUGCAGUGAUAUUUGCAAGGAUCUUCUCCAAGAGAGUGGAGCGACGAAUUCAGUGGCAGAACCUUCGUUAUCAAGCCGAAGACAGCUAGCGUUCUCAAAGACACUGGGUACAAAUACAGGCGCAACCGUCUGAAGCCAGUUCUUAAUAUGCACACGUUAUGAUCAAAUUAUGAAUAUAUUUGUCAAGUUGACAAAAUAUUUCUCGAUUUACUAUGUAUGUAAACGCAGCAUUUGUGAAAUUUGUCACAAAUUUAAUAAUUUGUACAUGAAAAUUAUGUUUUGUAAUUUGUAAAUAAAAACAAUGUUUUGUAUAUAUUUUUAAUAAACGACAUAUUAUAUUG